CGCGAUGGCGUCGGGGGCCAACUUCUUCCGGGGGACGUCCUUGGACCAGGACAGUCGGUUUUUCAAUCACCACAAGAAACUGUUGGCGAAAAUGAAAUUCCCGGCGUCCUUUGGGCAGAAGGUACACCUCGCAAAGGUCAACAAGGAAGUAAUACACCAAUGGAUCACAGAGAAGAUGCACGAGGUACUGGGCUUUGAGGACGACAUUGUCGUCGCCAUGACCAUCAACCUCUUGGAGCCAGCCAAUGCGCUGGAGCCCUUGGACCCAAAGGAGAUGCAGGUCGCGCUCACGGGCUUCCUCGAAGGCGACGCGGCCGCCUUCAUGGAAGAGCUCUGGAACCUCCUCUUGAGCGCCCAAGAAAACCCGACCGGCAUCCCGCAAGUCUUCCUCGACAAGAAGAAGAAGGAGAUGGAGCUCAAGCGCGCGGCCGAGCAGGAGCAACGCGAGAAGAUCCAAAAGAAGAUCCAGGACAUGCAUGUCGCGGCCAAGACGCACGCGACGCAAGUCCGCGAUCGCCAGCCGCCAAGUCGUCGCCCCGACUCGCGCGACCGCCAGCCCCCGCGUGGCCGACAACGCUCCCGCGACCGCCGCGACCGGAGCCGAUCUCGGGACCAUGGCCGCCGCCGGUCGCCCAGCAAGAGCCCUCGCCGACGCAAGUCGUCGCCAUCGCCGCGCCGCCGUGAUCGCUCCAAGAAGGCCAGCGCGUCACCACGGCGUGCCUCGCCGCGCCGCAACGACGACCGGUCCAAGAAGGCCAGUGCGUCGCCUGCGCGAACCAACGAACGGCCAACGAAAGCCAGCGUCUCGCCGCGGCGCAAGGACUCGACGGCGUCUGCCAAGGACACUGCGACGCCCGAACCCAAGGCGCCCAAGGACGGGUCGUCCAGUGCCCCAAAGAACGCAGCACCGACAGACACGUCGGGCGACUCGCCGGCAAAGAAGGACCAGUCGUCCGCGCGCCGGUCGCACUCCAAGGACCGUAAACGGCACCGGAGCCCAGAGCGUCGUCGCAGCCCCGACCGCCGUCGUAGCCCUGACCGCCGCCGUAGCCCUGACCGCCGACGCAGCCCUGAUCGUCGUCGCCGUGGCAGCCCCGAACGCCGUCGUCGCUCGCGAAGCCGUGACCGCCGAUCGCCGUCCAGAGACGAGUUUCAGCGGGAGAAGCGCCGCCGCAUGUCGUCGGCGGACGAAGAGUCGCGGCUUCGCGAGAAGGCGGUCGCGUCGCUCAAGAAGUAGUUGCACUUACUCGACGAGUCUCUUUCCGUAAUUCGUUGAUAUGAACCCUAUUCAUGUUGGAUAUA